CUUACCAUCUAAAACCCUGUAAACCCUUUUUCCGUUGUCCACAGAGUUAGCGAGUGAGCUUUUCCCUCAAAACUCAGCAGAAAUGAGCAGAAUCCAAUCCUACGACGACUUUGUUAAAGUCCACGGUGUACUCCUAGCGGCCGCCGGAAUCCCUCAGUCACUCCACAAGCUUCUCUUUCAGAAGCUCUCCUCCGACACUUUCGACGGCGGUCACUUUUUCCAAAUUGAGCCGCUCGAAGAUGGCCGCCAAAGGAGGCUACUUUUCACUUCCGAUUUCAUGCCUAAGCACUCUAAUCUUUUCCUUGUUGAUCACGCUUGGACUUUUCGUCUCCCCGAUGCUUAUAAGCAGUUGUAUGAAGUUCCAGGUUUAGCAGAAAGAAUGGCUGCAUUAAUGUGUGUAGAUAGUGCAGCUGAGGAAGCAGGUGAUGUAGAUGGCAGUGCAGGCGAAGAGGAUAGUAUUAAACUGAGUGCCGUGGAAAUAGUUCAGAGAGAAAUAAAAGAAGGCGGGGAUGAUGCUACGAGGUGGUUGGAGCUUGAGGAACUUGACAUUGAUGAUGACAUGCUUCUAUCUCUUGAUUUGCCUAAUAAAUUUCCUAAUUUACUGGCACUGAGCCUGUGCAGCAACAAUCUGAAGGAUGUUGAGAUUGUUGCCAAGGAAGUUACCCGACUCAAAAAUCUUAAAGCUCUCUGGCUGAACAAUAAUCCAAUUUUGGAGCGUAGUAAUUCAGAGACUGCAAUCAUUCAGGGUUGCCCUGGUUUGGAAAUUUGCAACUCAAAGUUCACAUCUAAGUAUGGAGAGUGGGCAUUAGGAUUUUGUGGUGGAAUCUAUGACAAAGAAAAUGCAGGCUUUGCCCAUCAAAGAGAUCAUCCUUUGGAGAGUGUGACAUCUCUAGACCUUAGUAACAGGUCUAUUCACAAUCUGAUAAACAAGGCAUUUAAUCCUGAUGAGAUCCCAUCUCUUUCUUACAUAAAUCUGCGUGGAAAUCCAUUGGACCAGAAUUCUCUUAGCGAUUUAUUGCAGCUUCUUAAAGGAUUCAGUUGCUUGGAUUCUCUGGAGGUUGAUAUUCCAGGGCCUUUAGGAGAAAGCGCUGCUGAAAUUGUUGAAGCCCUGCCUAAUCUUUCUCUCCUAAAUGGAGUAAACACAUCCAAAAUAUUGGAGUCUGGGAAGUCUGUGGUCGAUUCAAUGUUGCAACCACGUCUUCCUGAGUGGGCUGCCGGAGACCCUCUAGAAGAUCGUGUCAUAAAUGCUAUGUGGUUGUACUUGAUGACAUAUAGACUUGCAGAUGAAGAAAAGAUUGAUGAAACCUCUGUAUGGUAUGUAAUGGAUGAACUUGGUUCUGCUUUGCGCCACAGCGACAAGCCAAACUUUAGAGUAUCUCCUUUUCUCUACAUGCCGGAGGGCAAUUUGGCAUCAGCUUUGAGUUACUCAAUUCUUUGGCCGAUUGACGAUGUUCGAGAAGGUGAUGAGUGCACUCGUGAUUAUCUAUUUGGUAUUGGGGAAGAGAAGCAGCGAUCUGCUCGCCUAACUGCUUGGUUCCAUACACCAAAAAACUAUUUUCUCAAAGAAUAUGAAAAAUACAAGAACAAGUUGCAAUCAAACAAAUUUGUCAGCCCAGUACAGGGGUCAUCAGUUACAAAUAGCCUGCGUCUUGGUGAUGGAAGUGCUUUACGCGUGUACACGGACAUACCUCCAGUGGAAGAAUAUCUGACUCGUCCUGAGUUUGUUAUCACAACUGAGCCCAAAGAUGCAGACAUUAUAUGGACAAGCAUGCAGAUAGAUGAGGAGAGAAAGAAGGCAGCAGGACUAAAUGAUGAACAGUAUAUAAAUCAAUUUCCAUUUGAGGCUUGCCUGGUUAUGAAACAUCAUUUAGCGGAAACUAUUCAGAAGGCUCAUGGAUUGGUCGAAUGGCUUCAGCCUACUUAUAAUCUUGAGACACAGCUAACUCAACUUAUUGGAGAUUUUCACCAACGUGAAAGAGAAAAACUAGACAAUUUGUGGAUCUUGAAGCCAUGGAACAUGGCAAGAACUAUUGAUACGACAAUAACUAGCAAUUUAUCUGCUAUUAUCCGUCUCAUGGAAACUGGCCCAAAAAUCGGUCAGAAGUACAUUGAGCAUCCUGCUCUAUUUAAAGGGAGAAAAUUUGAUCUCCGCUAUAUUGUUUUGGUUCGCAGUAUGAAUCCCCUGGAGAUCUUCCUUGCAGAAGUUUUCUGGGUAAGAUUGGCAAAUAACACAUACACUUUGGAGAAACAUAGCUUUGAUGAAUACGAGACUCAUUUCACUGUUAUGAACUACAGAGGCAGGUUGAACCAUAUGAAUACACCAGAUUUUGUGAAAGAAUUUGAGAAGGAACAUGAGGUUAACUGGCUGGAUAUCCAUUCAAGGAUUAGAAGUAUGAUUAAAUCAGCUUUUGAAGCAGCUGCUGUUGUGCAUCCAGAAAUGCAUCAUAGCAAAUCUAGGGCGAUGUAUGGGGUUGAUGUCAUGCUUGAUUGCCAUUUUCAGCCUAAAUUAUUGGAGAUUACCUACUGCCCUGACUGUGGUAGGGCAGUCAAAUACGAUACUGAAGCUCUUGGUGGUGGAGGAGAAACUGUUAAAGGAAAAGAUUUCUACAACUAUAUCUUCGGCUGUCUCUUCCUAAAUGAAACUAAUCAUGUUUCCCAGUUGUGAGUGAAACCAGUACAUGCAGAGCUCUUUGAAGUAGAAUUUCGUGUCAAAGUCUUAACUCUUGAUGAUUUAUGCAAGUGUGUAUCAAGAGAAGAACAAUACUAGCAAAGCUAUUGGUACCAUGUAACCUAUGCAAAAGUAUGUCUGAGCCAGUUUGGACUUUGGAGCUCUUUUACUUUUUAUCACCCCACCAAAGAGCUACACCUAGAAUGUCUGACCAAAGCCCCUGCCCCUUUCCCAACUCUCUCCCAGUCUAUUAAUUUUACACCUUUUGAGAUGUAUCAUAUUUCCAUGGUCUAUUAAGGUUCUUACUGUAUUUUAGGGUCGUGAAACAUUCCAGCAUCAUCUCCAUAUUGAUGUGUAUUUUUCCUUUUAAAGUUUUUUCUGGGGUUGAGAGGGUUGGACAUAUAAACUAGAGUGUUUUCCAUGGGUGAGAUAGAACUUCAAGAUGCACAAUCCCAGUUGCCAGUAUGGUUUUACAUGUCUGGACUCUGGAGCCUGUAACAUGAUUGAAAACCUUAGUUUAUUUUUUAAUGUUCCCCAAGUGUGUUUCUA